AUGAUUGAAUUCAUGAGAAGGUACACUGCUCGUAUGCAGGAAACUCCUUCCCAUCUGAUCGGAUCAAUUCCUGGUAGAAACCCUUUCUUGUGCACUUCCGACGACAAGGGGAUCAUCGAAAAAGUUUCAUCGAUGGUUGUUGAGAAGACCUCCCUAAAAUCGCGAGAGAAACUGUUGAACAUUGUGGAUAUCCUAAAAAAGAAUGUAGAACCAUCCCGGCUCACAACUCUGCGCAACAUGGCCUAUAUGCCGUCAAACAUUCUGAAAGUGGUUCUCUAUCUGCCCAAACCAGAGAGAAAAACGUAUGCUGGUCGGUUGUGGAUUCUGCACCGUCUCUAUCAAAUCGUUCGCAUGGAUAGCCAGUACAUCACCCAAAGAGAGACUGUUGAUUAUCUUGGCUACAAUGUGAACAAUCUUGCGGUCAUUCAAGUUUUGGGUCGGGCGGUAGUUCUUCUUGAUCGGACGUUUGUCGAUGUCUUGUACUUGACGGAAGAGCUCGAGUUGGUCAUGGGUUACUGUAACUGGCUCGGUGAAGAUAGUCCAAGUGACAAUCUCGGAGCAUGGUGGGGUGGAAACUGUUGCUAUGCAAGUAAUCUUACCUCCAAAAGGAUCUUCUAUUAUUUGGCAACUUCUCCGAAAGUUUCACAUUCUCAAUACGAGUCACAGUUUCCGGGUUACGAAGUUGUCCAAGAACGCGUUCCUCAUUCGACAAAGCUUUUCCCUCUUUUCCAAUUUGGAGAAAAACACCAACAACAGCAAGUUUUCCGGGAUCCUCAACUCCCUGGUGUACCAAAUGGAGCUCAGCCGGAUAGCGGAGCCCACCAAGAGUAUGCUCCGAUCCCUCGUUGUCAUUCUCUCCCCAAUGGAAGUGAUAUUGAACAAGACGGUAGACUUGAUCAAGGCCACCUCCAUAAAUUUCCGGGUGCUCCGAACGAAGUUCCGGGGAUGGUCAUAGUUCACAAACUUGAUUCCAUCAUGGGUAUCCUUACGUUCAACUUCUCCCAAGUCGAUGUUAAUUGGGGAUUGAUGUUGACCGGUAGGCCAACGGUUUGGCCCUACAAACAUGUAUCAUUGAAUAAAAUUGACGACUUGUUGUGA